AUGACCCAAUUGGCAACUGACGUUGAUUUUGUUUUAAGUAAUGGGAAGACUAUCCCAGCGCUAGGUUUGGGAACUGUUCCUCCUGAAGACCCACACGAAUUGAAGGAACAAGUAAUUACUGCAGUAAAAGCUGGAUACCGCCAUAUUGACACUGCUUGGUAUUAUGGAACCGAGGAAUACAUUGGACAAGCAUUGAAGCAACUUUUUGAAGAGGGCAUUGUGAAAAGAGAGGAUUUGUUUAUUACUACGAAAGUAUGGCCAUCUUUUUGGCGCAAUCCUGAAAAAUCCUUGGACAAGUCCCUCGCGGAUCUUGGGUUAGACUACGUAGAUUUGUUCUUGCAGCAUUGGCCAGUUGUACUUCAUGGUGACGAGAAUGGUUUGCCUCCUCAACCUCGUGACAAGGAUGGGAAGUUAAUUUAUGACGAUGAUCCUGUCUCUGGAAUCAAGUAUAUUGAUGCCUACCAUAGUCUUGAAGAUAUCAUGGACAAUACUUCUAAAGUUAAAUCCAUUGGUGUUUCUAACUAUUCUAUCCCUAAGCUUAGAAAGUUACUUGCAGCGGUUAGAAAACACAAGCCAGUUGUUAAUCAAAUCGAGUAUCAUCCUCUACUUCCACAACAAGAUUUAGUGAAGUACUGCUACGACAAUGGCGUUCAUAUAUCAGCCUAUUCUCCAGUCGGAAGUAAUGGCGCUCCUGUUUUGAAACUUCAAUUGAUAAAUGAAUUGGCAUCUAAGUAUGAUGUUUCAGUCAAUGAGAUAGCCAAUGCUUAUCAUAUCUUGCAGGGCCGUUCGGUUUUACCAAGAUCUUCUAACCUAGAAAGAAUAAAGUCCAUCAUUAGGUUGCCCAACUUGACAACUGAGGAGCUAAAUGCUCUCUACCAGAUCGGUGUUGAAAGCCCAACUAGAUAUAUCAACGAUGAAUGGGGAUAUGGUUUAGGUUUCAAGUGGUGGAAAGGAGAUACACUUAGCAAAGAUUUUGAUUAG